AGUGCGAAACAACCAAAACUCAACACAAAGUUACUGAAAGGUUUAAGAAGUAAAUUAGGAAAAGCGGUUGGAAAAUUCCUAAUUUAUAAUCGGAUUCCAGCGAAUGUAGCUGACUCUCCAUUUAUGCAACCUAUGCUUGAUAUUGCUGCAGAGGUUGGAAAGGGGGUGAAGGGUCCAUCACCCUAUGAGAUAUCUGAAAUUUAUUUGGAGCAAGAGUAUCAAGAAAUGAAAAAUUAUAUAGCUUCUUUUGCUGGAAUUUGGAAGGAAAGAGGUGUAACACUUAUGUGUGAUGGUUGGUCAGGACCAACUAGAAAACACAUUAUAAACUUUUUAGUUUAUUGCGAUAGAGGCACCGUGUUUCACAAAUCAGUUGAUGCCUCUGAUGUGCCAAGCAGAACAGCUGAAUAUUAUUUCAGAUUAAUGGAUGAGGUGGUUGAAGAAAUUGGAGAGGAGAAUGUUGUUCAAGUAGUGACUGAUAAUGAAGCUGCAAUGAAGGCAGGAGGAAAAUUAUUGAUGCAGAAGAGGCCCAAUCUCUAUUGGACAGCAUGUGCAGCUCAUUGCAUAGACCUUAUUCUUGAAGAUAUUGGUAAGAAAAGUAACGUGAAGAAGGUCUUAGAAGAUGCAAGAACAAUAACCUCAUUUAUUUACAACCACACAUGGACAGUGAAUUUCAUGAAGAAAUUCACAAAUAAUAGAGAGUUACUUCGCCCUGCCAUCACUCGAUUUGCCACAAAUUUCAUUGCUUUGGAGACUAUUGUCAGGCAUAAACAAGCACUAAGGGAAAUGUUUACAUCUGAUGCUUGGAAAAACUCAAGAUUUGGAAUGGCAAAAUCAGGCCCAGCAUAUGAUUCGAAGAAAAUUAUCUUAGGCAAAGAGUUUUGGCAAAAGGCCUCUGAUAUAAUUAAAGUGCAAGAACCCUUGGUGAAAGUUCUUAAAUUGGUUGAUGGUGAUGAAAAAACCAACCAUGGGCUUCAUAUACGAGGCAAUUGAUAGGGCGAAGUUGGCCAUUCAAAAAGAUUGCCGGUUUUACAAAGAUUAUUGGAAAAUUAUUGACAACCGGUGGAGUUUUCAGUUGCACCAAGAUUUGCACGCUGCUGGGUAUUUUUUGAACCCACAAUUUCUUUAUGGUGCCCCACCCUCUCCUGAAGUUGCUAGAGAAGUCAUGGAUGGAGUUAAAAAAGUGAUAACCAAGUUGGUACCCGAUAUAGAUACUCAAAUUCGGGCUAUUAAUCAAUUGUUGCUAUAUCGAGAUAGGCAGGAGACUUUUGGAACCCCAUUGGCUCAAAGGGCAGUGAAACAAACAAAUCCUGCUGAAUGGUGGAUUCAUUAUGGCUUGUGUGCUCCUGAACUCCAAAGAAUAGCAAUUAGAGUUCUUAGCCAGACCACAUCAGCUUCGAACUGUGAGCGUAAUUGGAGCACCUUUAGCCUCAUCCAUACGAAAACAAGAAAUAGAUUAAAGUACAUGAGACUACAAAAACUUGUUUUCGUACAUUACAACAUGAGGUUAAAGUUAAGACGUACAAUGAGAAGAAGCCAACGAGAAAUUGAAGAGGGUUUCAAUCCUAUCAAUUUGGACUACAUUUUCGAAGAAGAUGAUCCUUUAAGUCAAUGGUUAGAGGAGAGAGAGACACCACUACUCGACGGUCAGGACAAUUCAAAUUGGUUAAAUGAAGAGGUUGGUGGUACUACAGAAGGAGGUGAUCAACCACCAAUAAACGCGCAUGAUGAUUCAAGUUCAAGCCCUGAACGUACACAAAGUGAUGACAAUCUUGGUUUGAGCCCACCAAGUGAUGAUGAUGGUAAUAGUGGUGCUGGAGCUGGGGUUGGGGGGGGGGGGUGGCAGUGGUGGUGGUGGAGGCGGCGGUGUAGAAUAUAAUUAUGGAUAUGAUACAGGGACAUCAUUUGGAAGGGAUAUAUAUCCUUCUGAUCCUUAUGGACUACAUGACAUACCUGAAAAUUAUGACUUGGGUAUUCCUCCAGGGAACCAAUCUUCACAACCCAGGAGAAGGAGUGCUCGUGGUGACCCUAACGAUUCUACUGAAGAUUCAUAUGGUGUGGUUCGUAGUUUUGGCGACUUUGGUUUAGAUGGUUCAUCAUCACAAUCAUAUGGAUCUCAUCCAGCAUAUCCACAUUAUGCAUCUCGUGACUCACAUUUUUAUCCCAGUGGAUCAGGAAUCUCAGGAUCUAGUGAGUCUUCUUCUACACACUACCCAGAGCCAGCCCCUGCCCCAACUUAUAGACAUUAUUCAGGAGAAUUUUCAUCACCAAUACAUUUUCAAGAGCAACAACAAAAUGACGUAAACUUGGGUUCAUUCAACUAUGUAUUUCCACAAGGAUGGGGAGAUAAUUUCCCAUCCCAAUCCCAAGAUACAGAUGCAAAUUAUGAAGACCCUCCACGUCAUUCUUUUUGGUGGUGACAUGUGUUAUGUUACAAAUUUGUAAUAUUGUAUUCAUGUAUUUUCAACUAUUUAUUGAUAUUUGAUAUUAAUCACUUUUUAAAUUCAUGUAUGUGUAAUGUGUAUAUUGAGUAUUAAGUCUAUUGAGUAUUGAUUCAUUUUUAGU